UGAGGAAUAUACAGCACGCGUGUUGGUUCUUCUUUCCUAUCAUGGAUCCUUUGACUCGUUUGCCAGAGAAUAACGCGACCGAGUCUCUGGAGUAUCCAGUGUGUUCAGAAUGGAAGGAACAUCCCGAAGGAUCAGUGUUUCACCUCGCGCAUAUCCUGCUGGUUUUAGGGUUCAUGGGAGGCAGUGGCUUUUAUGGACUACUCUACAUGUUCUGCUUCUUGACUCUGGGGUUUUUGUGCUGCUCGAUCUGGUCGUGGUCCGACCCGUGCACGAGCGACUCGUUCUCGUGGACCUUCGCGCUCUUCGCCUUAAGUCUCGCGCAGCUCGUGCACGUGUCCUACCGACUGCGAAGAGUCACUUUCGAGAAGGAGUUCCAGAAUCUCUACGAUUACAUGUUCAAAAAGCUGGGAGUGUCCUUAAUUCACUUUGGGAAGAUCGUUGAGUGUUGUGAUGGCGAUAUCCACACUAUAGAUAAAGAGCAAUGCUUCGCCAUAGAGGGCAAAACCCCGAUAGACAAACUCUCAGUUCUGGUCUCAGGCAGGAUCCGGGUGACGGUGAACGGGGAGUUUUUGCACUUCAUCCAUCCAUUUCAGUUCCUGGACUCCCCAGAGUGGGACUCCCUCAGGCCCUCAGAAGAAGGCUUCUUCCAGGUGACGUUGCGUGCGGACACGCGCUCCAGGUUCGUGUCGUGGCGAAGGAAGAAGCUCUACCUGCUGUUCGCGCGCCACCGCUACGUCGCCAAGAUCUUCGCGCUGCUCGUGCGCAACGACAUCGCGGAGAAACUCUUCUCUCUGAACGACAGGGCUUUCGACGCGCGCGGGUUCCGCUACGAUCUGCGGUUACCGAGCUUCUGUCACGCGGCAGAGCCGGCUGGAGAACACACGAGCGAGUCCCGUCGAGUGCUGGAAGAGAGUGAAGCCACACCGGCGGAGAGAGACUCGUGAGAAGCGCGCGCCACACGUCUAGUCUUAAUCGAUUGUCAUUAUUCAUUUCUGCCAUGCAUUGUUUUGUUUUUUAAUCUUGAAUGCACUUGGGAUGUUUUCCCCCAAAAAUCUUGUCCUUGUUGUUUAUUGUUUAGAUUAUGUCUUAAAAAUCACGUACUGCACCUUUAAAUCUACAAAAGUGAUUCAGUCAA